CACUUUCCGCAACCGGGACGACACAGCAGGGACUCUAUCCGUAUCAGUCUGUCCUGGGCAAUCAUCGAGUGCGGUGGCGAAUUUAUCUGUUCAGUCUGAUAACGAAACGUGGAGCGUUGACCGGAUUUUUUGGGGGUUCUGAUGCCAACACAAAGCAUUCUUGGAAGAUUCUGAAGUGAAGCGUGCGCUAGGGGAGAUUGUAGAGCAACGUGCGUAUUUCGGGGAGAUUGAUGGUGUUUGUGGGCGAGGUGGGCGGUUAGUGGUCGAAUUUGGGGCGCAGGGUCCAUUACCAAGGAUUUUGAAGGGUCGUUUAUGUGCUCAGUUCCGUUCCGUCAGUUAAUCCUUCGCGUUAUCUCAGUGUUUUUUCCUUGAUUCCGAAUGGGAUUAGUCCGCUGUCCACCACAAGCGACGACAGUUUUCUACGUGAGUUGAGGAGCAGCCAGAAGCGUUUUGUGGAAGGAUCAUUGCGAGUGCUGUGACCGACUGGAAGCGAAUCCUGUUACAGUUUCAAGUGGAGGGAAAACGUUUCUUGUUACGGUCUGGUGACAGAAAAGAACGGUUCUUUCCCGGUCUAUAAAUCAUCUGGCUGCGUUGCACACGGGAGUGAGCGAAAAGUUUGUGAAGUGGACAAAAAGUGUUGCAAAAACGUCGGGUGUCAUUUUCUUCGCCAACUGUCCCCCCAAAUAGCCAGAAGCGUUUAAUUUGAAGCGCAGAACGACAAAGCGAAGACGAUCGUGAACGGAAAACACUGAGGCCUGAGGACUACGGUCGGUGGUCAACCAAAGGAGCGCCGUUAAAAUUAAAAAAGAAUACAACCCGAAGAAAGUGAAGAUAACAAGCGGAAAUUGGUAAAGUUUACGCCGGACUGAACGAGUAAACGAGAUCGUUGAAUCGGGAAAAGUGAACGGAAGUGGAAGAACGGAGGCCACCGGAAAAGUUUCGUUCUUCUUUCAAUUUUCAGACGAGUCCCGAAACAUCAGCUACAAGGGAAAUUGCUGAUCAUUUGGACAUCCAUUAUAUAAUGUUUCAUUGAGACCGGUCAACUUUCAUCGCCGGGAAAAAGUUCCUCCCCUUGCUAAAACUGCUCCUGCUGCUACUAACAAAGGACAUCGAGACACGAAUGAAACCGUGGCACACACAGCAGUGGUCCCUACCUUCCUACCUACCUACUAGAUAAAACCUCGAGGGUUUAGAGAUCCCAAAGAACUUGAUCAAAGUCUUCAUCGAGCAAUAAUUACUUUCCCAACCCAUCGGGACGGAGCCACACAAAGAGAGGAAGCAUAUUUUUUCGGUGAAACUUCCUGGAGACAACUGACCGUUGUGUCUGCACUGGGACGGAAACGGAAAAGGGAAACAGCUUUAGUACAACUAAAGAGCAAAGUAGCCAACAGCCAGCCGUUCCGAAAUGAAGGGCCGACAUCUGCGGAGGCGAUUCAGCCUGCAGCCCUCGUUCAUGAAGGACGACAGCCCGGAGGACAGGCCGAAACGAGAGAAACCCCUGAAAAACGAUGAAAAUUCAAUCAAUUCCAACGUUCGGCACAAGAUCGUCGUCAUGGGAGCGGCCAAGGUCGGGAAAAGUUCAAUCAUCACGCAGUUCCUGUACGGGACCUUUUCGCCGAAAUACAAACGCACGGUGGAAGAAAUGCACCACGGGCACUUUUCGGUUGGUGGAGUGAAUCUAACUCUGGAUAUUCUGGAUACGUCCGGUUCGUACGAGUUUCCGGCUAUGCGAGCCCUUUCCAUCUCGUCAGCAGACGCCUUCAUUCUGGUGUACGACAUCACCGAUAGCGUCACCUUCGAGGAGGUCAAAGCCAUCCGGGAGCAGAUCCACGAAAUCAAAGCAACCACAGCCGUUCCCAUUGUAGUUGUUGGCAACAAAACCGACCUCGCCGACGAAGAUGAUGAUAUUCGACAGAUACCACGUGGCACAACGGAAUCGAUGAUAACCGUCGACUGGGAGAACGGCUUCGUCGAAGCUUCCGCCAAACUCAAUCGAAACAUUUCACAGGUCUUCAAGGAACUGCUCGCCCAGGCAAAAAUCACCUACAAUCUGAGCCCGGCGUUGCGUCGCCGGCGGCGCCAAUCGCUCCCGCAGCAAGCCAGUGCCGGAGGCGGCGGCACCGGUCCGUCCACCCCGUCGCAGACUGCUCCACCGUCUUCGGUGCACGUCCCUUCGGCGGCCCAGCUGGCCCACCUGCAGCAGAUCCAGGACAAGAGCCUGGGCGGAAAACGAAACUCGUGCAUUCUGUCUUAGGGCUGCUUGCGUGAUGUGUUGUGCGUGACACGAAGAGUCGGAUUGCAGUCAUUACAUUUGAACUCUGAGCGCAAAUUAUAUUUACUCGAUAGUAAUGUACUUACAACAUAGAUUCAGCAAUGGAAUCGGUAUUCACUUUGUUAUAUUGCAGUAAUUGAAACAUAAAAUCAGUACAUUGAAUAAAGAAUAAUGGUAAGGGAAAAACGAGCAAAUGUAGGCCAAAGUUUGUAAAGUAGCGAUGUGGAGUAAUACGGGUAAUUCCAAACAAAGCGAACAAGCAGAUUAUAAGCGUGAACAAGUUAUCCUACUACUAAUUAAGGUGUGGCACAAUUUUUCAGCUGUAAUACUGAUAAAAUACGCAGAAAAUAUGAACGAAAGUGAAUUAGUUGUUGAUUAAAAAUGAUCAAUUUUCUUGUAUUUUUUGCAAUUACAAAGUAUUUUAUUCACUAUUUUGACCCAUAAUUUCCAAAACAUUCAAAUGUUUUCUAAAAGUGAAUCUCAUUUUUUUAAUAAAAGCAGUAAGAGAACAUAUCCUUUAGGUAUUUGUUUUAAAUAUAUUUUGACCAUUAUUCGCAUGAAAAAGCUUGGUUUCACUGUUUUGUGUUCUAAAAUGUUACACCUAUACUUAUAUUUCAAAAUUUUUAACAGUUUUUCAAGAUCCGGAUCUAAAAAUAAGCAUUCUAACACAUAACAUGAUUUUGAAACGCUAGCGAACCUAGCGGUGGAAGGCAAGCUUUACUGAACAACGCGCAUAGGACAGAGCAAGGCUCUUUCGUAUGUAUAGGUUAAACGACUUCGUAGAUGGGAACCGACUUGAAAUAUUUUCAUCAUGGGUGAUGUCCAGCCUUAGCCUGUUUCAACGUUAGAUUUCGGGCUGCUCUAUCUCAUGCUGUCCAGUCGUUCAUUAUUGUGUCAUUUUAGAUUAAUUGGCAAAUCGGCUACAAUUAUCGAAAUGGAACCAAAUUAGCUUCUUCAUUAUUACCGUUUCUUCCUUCGCAAUCCACGAAAUUGGCCGCAUACUACUCUAACACUGUUUUGGAGUAAUAACAUGAAACUAAAUGGGGCGUAGUGACAAGAAGUUAAAUAAAAACAACGAUUUUUUAUCGUGCGUCCCAAAAACGAUAAAAGCCGUUCCGCGAGCGUUUUGCCGAUUUCUUCCAUCUCGACCAGAACCUCACUGACAAUUUUACAGAUGUAAACAGUACACUCUAAAAAGAAACUGUACAAAAUUUGGUUAACUUCGGUGAAACAGGAAAGCCAGGCCUAUGCUAAGAGCUCAUGUUUAGCGUAGCCAACACCAACACCAACGCCGAGCAACGUACGUCAAAUCUAAAAAAGCCUAACAUCAUAAAACAUCCAAAUUCAGCUUCCUUCAAUAUGCAACUUUAAUCGGGAAUAUUCAUUAAAUAUGACUAAUGAGUUUAAUUGAUUCAAAACUUAUUCUACAUGAUCAGUUUUGAUUUUACUUACAAGGAGAUCAACAAUUUGUCUUUUAUUUCACCGUGAAAAGCUUGAGCAGAAUUUAAAAAUAAUUCCUGCUCUUUUAUUGUUGUGCAUAUUUUUAAUUAUCAAGUUACAAUCAUUGGUGUUGUUGACGAUUGUUGACAUCUCAUGCAACUGACAGCGGUCUAUCUGCACACUGUGCCCGGGACAUGGUGGAUAUUUUUAAGCUAAGGGAGUUAGAUAGGGAUGUCUAUAGCCUGAGAAAAGCAGUACGUAAAUUUGAAAGCGGUACAAUAAUUUACGACUAACCCUUUAAGUAUGCAACCCUUAACUGGUGGUCGAUAGUCAAUCGCAGACCCGUGGAGACGUGAGAUUGAAAAUUGUGAACUAUGACCAGAACUUUGUUAGACGCUCCAUCCCAGAUGUUGUAUCACCAUAACGUAACGAUACAAAUAUUAAAUUUAUGUUAUGCUCCCCCCCCCACACCCCUCCAACAACUUUCCAAAAAUAUCUUGGGCGCGAAAAAAAUCCUUUGUGAAAAUCUCUUGCAUCCCUAGGCGCCACACAAAUUUUCGUGAUUUAGACAACAGAAACCUUUUCCGUAGUCAAUGAAUAGCAAAUAAAGGGACAACUUGUUGACUUGCUCCCGAUUGAUGCGGCGCGAUGCAAAAUAUUGCAUAAUAGUUGCUACAACAUUUGCCUUAGGGUCAGUCCUGCACACCUCCACCGACAGCCGAUCGACCUUGAGGGCCCUUUUAUGUUGUGAUCGUGGGUUUCAUCCAUACUAAAUUAUGUGUAUUCCGUCUCUUGAUAAAAGCGUAUAUCUUGCUUCAGAUUCGUUGAAAGAUUAAAUCCUUCGAAUGGCAGAGGCUUUUUUUCUUUCAGCUUUCAAUAUUUCAGCCACAGACAAACACACGUAACACUUGAAAAAUUACCAUCGACCAUGACUUCAACGAUCAAUUUGAAUUUGAUUGAUUGCGCGUUUCACAACUAGAGGCGCUAGCAUCGUAAUCCUUCGAUUUUGACUUUUCACUCCAGCGCCUUCUGGUGACAAUGUCAUACGAAACAGUGUUUCGUGUAACAUGUUCGCAAGAUGGUGGUAGAGGAGUUGAAUGAUGAAUUAUUUAGAAAAAUGUUCAAGCUGUUACGUCUGUUUGUCUGUGUUUCAGCUGUCCAAGUCAGUGACUAUUUGUGGCAAAAAUCCCCGGAUGCUGCAGUCAGGAGUCCACCCAUGCCCGUCUGUGCUGUCUACAGCAGUGCCCGACUCCCACUUACAGAGGGGGGAAGGGUCGUUUGGCCGAAUAACGUUCGAUAUCGUUGUUUGGCCGAAUAUACCAUUUGGCCGAACAGACCAUAAGGCCGAAAGUCAUUUGAUCGAAAGGAUCAUUUGGUCGAAUUGGUCAUUUGAAAAGCGAGAUAUAUGAUGUGAAAAGUGAGACGUGAGACGAGAUAUUGUGUUUUAUGGCUCCACUACCCAGAAUAGCAUUACCCCAAAGGCCACUACCCAGCCCUACCGUCCUGCUUAGUCAAGCUUAGUCUACAACCAAGAAGCUUUUUUCAAAUGCAAAAUUUUUUUCUCGUCUAUUUGAGCGAUUUGCGUCGACGGGAGCGUUAAUGUGUGUACAAAAAAUAGUGUGCGAUACGGCCGCACACUUUCACAGUCUCUUAAAAUCUAUGGUCACUAUCAACUCCCCCAAAGCCAACAUUUUGCGCUCCCGCAGGUGCGGACUCGCACUGCUUGCGCCCCCUUAACUCUCAGUUGGGCACUGGUGGUCACUAUCAACUCCCCCAAAGCCAACAUUUUGCGCUCCCGCAAGUGCGGACUCGCACUGCUUGCGCCCCCUUAACUCUCAGUUGGGCACUGGUGGUUACUAUCAACUCCCCAAAAGCCAACAUUUUGCGCUCCCGCAGGUGCGGACUCGCACUGCUUGCGCCCCCUUAACUCUCAGUUGGGCACUGGUGAUCACUAUCAACUCCCCCAAAGCCAACAUUUUGCGCUCCCGCAGGUGCGGACUCGCACUGCUUGCGCCCCCUUAACUCUCAG